CCAAUUUUGUAUUCCAAAUUGUGUACUAUGUAAGUCUAGAGACAGCUCCCAAAAAAUCCCCAGUCACUAUGAACUGCAAACUACGUCGUCUGGAUCUGCUACGCAAUGGCCAAAAGUCUGACUGUGAGCUGCAUGUCUGGUAUCCGGAUAAGGCGGGUAAGGGCAAGCGCUGCCAGCGGAUCUUCAAGUGCCACCAGGUGAUGCUGGUCUCCGCCUCCGAGGAAUUCGAGCGACUGAUCAGGGAUCCCGAGUUUCAGAAGAACAAGGCAGUGAUCAGCGUGGAGGACGCCUCACCUACCGCCUACGAAGCCCUGCUCCUCUAUAUCUACACGUAUGAGGUCUGCAACGCCGUCACCAUCGAUAUGUGUGGUGACCUCAUGUUUCUGGCCGAGAAAUACAAGAUGCUGGACUUUAUAGAAUGCUACAUCGAUAAAUUGGCUCACCAGGAAUGGCCCAUGGAGGUGGUUUUACAGGUCUUCCAUCUGGCCAGUGAGCACAACCACCCGGACUUGAUGGAUCUGGUGGCGAAGAAAAUUCUACCCAUAGCCACUCAAGUCACCAAGGACAAGUCGUUCCUCAAGUUAAAUGUCAAAGAACUCAAGGCUCUAAUGAUAAUCCUUAAAAAAGAAGGAGUCCUUUCGGAUCACGAACUAUUAGAGUCGCUGAAGAAUUACCAGGAGGUGAACAACCUGCGCUACGACAACAUGGAGCAGUUCCAGAUUUUCGUGGAGGUGACCCAAAUGUUCGAGAAUGUUCUCUUCGAGAUAGAUGGCUCCAUAGUCGUGCCCGAGGAGGAGGAAUAUGUAACUCGGGAAACAGGCUCCGUAACAUCGGUUUACGAUAAGUAAGCUUCAAUGAGAGUAUUACAUGUCUAGAGGGAUCAUUUAUUGAAUGAUAAGGGGAAAACAAACAUAAUCGAAAUCGGAUCGGCUUAUUGAAUAAAUACUAUAGAUAAUAUUAA